UACAAUCACUUCUAAAACGUGCCAUUUGCAAACCGGUAGUUGGAAAAUUGCUGAGGAAGGAGCGUUUAGUGAAGAAGAUAGUGAAAAUGGCCCCACCCUUCUCUUUCUCAUGCUUCAAAUGCUUCAAAUGGGGCUCUCUCUUGCAGCAGAGCUCCUCAAUAUUCCAUUAAAAUCCUUGCAUUUCCAUUGCCCUCUCUGUUUUCCUCUGUUUUCUUCUUCAAAAGAAAGAAUCAAAGAAGAAGAAACCGACCCCUUAUCACAAAUUGGUGUUGAGGAGUAGCAAAAUGUUCAAAAUGGCAAGGAUUAUGGUGCUGUUUUUGGGUUUGUUUUUGUGGGUUUGUUCAUCUGGAAUGGCUUCUGUGAGUUAUGACCACAAAGCCAUAAUCAUCGAUGGCCGGAGGAGAAUACUGAUUUCUGGGUCUAUUCAUUAUCCAAGAAGCACUCCUCAGAUGUGGCCGGACCUUAUACAGAAGGCCAAAGAUGGAGGACUGGAUGUUAUUGAUACAUAUGUGUUCUGGAAUGGCCAUGAGCCUUCCCCUGGACAGUAUUAUUUUGAGGAUAGAUAUGAUUUGGUGAGAUUUGUGAAGCUUGUUCAACAAGCUGGCUUAUAUGUUCAUCUACGGAUUGGUCCAUAUGUUUGUGCAGAAUGGAAUUUUGGUGGAUUUCCUGUUUGGUUAAAGUAUGUUCCUGGGAUUUCCUUUAGGACAGACAAUGAACCCUUCAAGGCGGCUAUGCAAAAGUUCACUGAGAAGAUUGUCGGUGUGAUGAAGGGGGAGAAGCUAUACCAAAGCCAGGGAGGGCCCAUUAUUCUGUCUCAGAUUGAGAAUGAAUAUGGACCAGUGGAGUGGGAAAUAGGUGCCCCUGGUAAGUCUUACACCAAAUGGGCAGCUCAAAUGGCAGUGGGUCUUGACACUGGAGUGCCAUGGGUGAUGUGCAAGCAAGACGAUGCCCCUGACCCUGUGAUUGACACCUGCAAUGGGUUUUACUGUGAAAACUUCGAACCCAAGAAGGUUUAUAAACCCAAAAUGUGGACAGAAGCUUGGACUGGUUGGUUCACUGAGUUUGGUGGCCCAGUUCCUUAUAGGCCAGUUGAAGACUUAGCCUAUUCCGUUGCAAGAUUCAUACAGAAUCGUGGUUCUUUCAUCAAUUAUUAUAUGUAUCAUGGAGGAACUAACUUCGGCCGAACUGCUGGUGGGCCUUUCAUAGCUACUAGCUAUGACUAUGAUGCUCCCAUCGAUGAGUAUGGCCUAUUAAGGGAACCGAAAUGGAGUCAUCUGAGAGAUCUGCACAAAGCCAUCAAGCUGUGUGAACCCGCUUUAGUGUCGGUAGAUCCUACCGUGUCAUCGUUAGGAAGCAACCAAGAGGCUCAUGUCUUCAAGACAAGAACAGGGGCAUGUGCUGCUUUUCUAGCAAACUAUGAUGCAUCGUCGUCUGCAACAGUCGCCUUUGGAAAUAAUCAAUAUGACCUGCCACCUUGGUCCGUCAGCAUCCUUCCUGACUGCAAAUCUGCCAUUUUCAACACUGCAAUAGUCAAGGCACCAAGCUCACAGCCUAAAAUGACACCAGUUAGUUCAUUUUCAUGGCUUUCAUACAAUGAAGAAACAGCCUCUGCGUAUACCGAUGAUACAACCACCAUGGCUGGGCUAGUGGAGCAAAUAAGUGUCACGAGGGAUGCAACAGACUAUCUGUGGUACAUGACAGAUAUAAUGAUUGAUCCGAACGAAGGCUUUCUAAAGAGCGAACAAUGGCCUCUUCUCACGAUCUUUUCAGCUGGCCAUGUUUUGCAUGUGUUCAUAAAUGGCCAGCUAUCUGGAACUGAAUAUGGGGGGUCGGAGAAUUACAAAUUAACAUUCAGUAAAUACGUUCCCCUAAGGGCAGGAAUUAACAAGCUUUCUAUACUGAGUGUCGCUGUUGGUCUCCCGAAUGGUGGCCAACAUUAUGAGACAUGGAACACUGGCAUUCUAGGUCCUGUCACAUUGAAGGGUGUAGACGAGGGAACAAAAGACAUGUCUGGAUAUAAAUGGUCGUACAAGGUUGGUUUGAAAGGAGAAGCCUUGAAUCUUCAUACUGUUAGUGGAAGUAGCUCAGUUGAAUGGGUGACAGGCUCAUUGGUGUCUCAAAAACAGCCUCUCACAUGGUACAAGACGACUUUCGAUGCCCCGGGAGGCGACGAACCGUUAGCUUUAGAUAUGAGCAGCAUGAGUAAAGGUCAGGUAUGGAUUAACGGUCAGAGCAUCGGGCGCCAUUGGCCUACAUAUACCGCACGAGGUAGCUGUGGCAAAUGCAGCUAUGCAGGAACUUUUAAUGAGAAGAAAUGUCAUUCUAGCUGUGGAGAGCCCUCACAAAGAUGGUAUCACGUUCCCCGUGCCUGGUUGGAAUCGAGCGGGAACCUAUUGGUGAUUUUCGAAGAAUUGGGUGGCAAUCCCGAGUCAAUCUCUUUGGUCAAGAGAUCCACUUCCUGAUAACACAACAAACUAUCAAUUGAGGUUGUCUUUAGGUAAGCUCAACCAUGUCUCGUAUUUCUCUACUCUUACUAAAUGCACAUAGAUUUCUCAAAUUAUAGUUCAUCUCGAGUUGCAUAAGCCAAUCGCCAAACUCAAGCUGGUUGGUUUACAUCCCGAGCACAUUCACAA